UUACGACUCUCUGACGCACACGAGCUUCUCUCGUUUGAUCUCUUUUCAGCGGCAGGUUUUCGUGAGGUACGUCAUCGCGAUCCGUGAGUUGCCGUGAGUAUCCGCGGGCCUUUCCUCGACUCGACGUGUCGCUCGGCGACGGCGAGAAACGUGACCGGGAACGUCGCGUGCGCAAAAGGAACAGCACGACCGCCACGGAGGGAGAGAGAGAUAGUGGGCGGAGUUUACGUCUGUGUGUGGUGUGAAGUUGGCGACGGAGACGCGCGUUUGUUUCGGAGUCGAGAACGACGCGUUUCUCGAACGUUUUUCGAGAGAUCGCUGUUCCUAAAGAACGUCGGCGUGGAGGAGGUUAUGAGAGCGCGAGUAUACAGGCUCCAUGAGGUCGGGCAGUCGUAAAUAAGGUGGAUGCGCACACGGAUAACGACGGAUCAUCACGAGCGAGCGCGAGGAAGGAAGAGGGACCGUGACGCGGCGGCCGGUGCGGGAGGCAAAUGCAUGGGACGCUCUGAUUGGCCGCGGCGGCUGCUAUGGCCGCCGAUUGGCGUACCGCACGCAUAUACCCGAGGGCACAGCACGGACGCGCACCUACACCCGCGAGCCGCGUAGCAGUCGCUCGAGCGACCGAGGACAGUGAGAAGAGCGACGGAAACGGUCGGUCCGUGCGCGUCGUCGUCGCCGUCGUCGCCGCCGUCGCAGUUUCCUUCUGAGGUGGAAAGCUUCGUGUGCGACGUUCGUGGCGCGGAUGGCUCGGAGACCGACGCCGAUCUUCAGCCAUAGCAAGUAAGAGCCGUAGAACCUCACCGAACAUCACUAGAGGGAGGGAGGGGGAGAGAGAGAGAGAGAGAGAGAGAGAGAGAGAAAGAUAUUAUAUAUAUACAUAUAUAUAUAUAGAUAUAUACAUAGUGUGCUGACUCGAGGGAAGGAGUGCGGUCCGGGCGCGACGCCGACCGUCUCGACAUAACCGCGUAUACGUAAAAUCCGACAAUCCGUCAAUGUUAGAGUCGCCGGAGAAGAGACCCUAUUCUCUACUUGCCCUAUAUUGUGUAUACCAGAUUUUAAAAUACGAUAAUUAGAAGUGCAUCGUCGGAGCGGAGUAGCACUGAGAGAGAGCCGAAGGAGGAUAGAAGUGCAUCGCCGAAGCGGGAAGGUAAGCGUGCUGCGGUGCGGGAGCGAGCGAGAGCGGCGAAGGGAGAAGGAGAUAGGAACGGGACGAAACGGAGCGGAGUUAAAAGCGCCGUACGACACGCAGAAGGACAAAGACCGCGGCGUUGGCAUAACCUCCAAGUCGUUCUUCGCGCCGCGCGUUUCGGGGAUCGUUGCGCGAGUCAACGGUGCGUCCAAGUCACCAAGUAUUCGUCACUACGGGGAUAAAGAAAGGGAGAGAAUAUAUUUUUGCAAGUGUGCAACGCGCGUCUUCUACUAGAGCGACGAUUGAGAGAGAAAGCACGUGCAUCAUCAACAUCCGGCCAGCGGCAACGUCCGACAAGUUAGAAGGUUGGAUCUGUUCAAGUUUAUUACGCGUUCUUUCGCGACACCUGGUAUACGAGUAUAACGCGUAGGUAGGUCCGUUACGUGCGUGUAGUGCGACACGAGUGCGCGCUCCGUCGGUCCGUUUGGCCGCCACGACGUAGCGAGUAUAAAUAACAAACAAAAAAAAUAAAUAAAGAGGUGGCCCAAGGCGACACACGCCACGCGUGCACGCAUACACACGUCCGCGCGUACGUCGCAUCGCGAGGCACGCGAACCGGGAGUGAAGUAGCGCGAGCAUCCGGUUGAUGGAUGAGACUGGCAGGAUGCUGCAACACGGAGGAUCAGGUGUGGGUCUGAUGGGUGGAAACCAGGGUCAGGCGGCCCAGAACACCGCCGGCUACGGCAGCAUGGGCCCGGUCGACGGCACCGCGGCUCAGGGCCCCGAUCAAGCGGUCGAGGCCAGGAAACAGGACAUCGGCGAGAUCUUGCAGCAGAUCAUGAACAUCACGGACCAGAGCCUGGACGAGGCGCAAGCGAGAAAACACACACUCAACUGCCACAGGAUGAAGCCUGCCCUGUUUUCGGUGCUCUGCGAGAUCAAGGAGAAGACAGUUUUGUCACUGAGAAAUACGCAAGAAGAGGAGCCGCCAGACCCGCAGCUAAUGAGGCUGGAUAACAUGCUGAUCGCCGAGGGAGUCGCUGGACCAGAGAAGGGCGGUGGUGCGGGGGCCGCUGCAUCGGCAUCAGCGGCAGCUGCGGCCGGUCCACCCGGACAACCGGACAACGCGAUCGAGCAUUCGGACUACAGGGCCAAACUUGCUCAGAUUAGGCAAAUUUAUCAUCAAGAAUUAGAAAAAUACGAGCAGGCCUGUAACGAAUUCACUACUCACGUAAUGAACCUGUUGAGGGAACAGAGUCGUACUAGGCCGAUCACGCCUAAAGAAAUUGAAAGGAUGGUCCAGAUUAUCCACAAGAAGUUCUCCAGUAUUCAGAUGCAGCUGAAACAGUCCACUUGCGAAGCUGUGAUGAUUCUAAGGAGUCGAUUUUUGGAUGCCAGACGUAAAAGAAGAAAUUUCAGCAAACAGGCGUCCGAAAUUCUGAACGAAUACUUUUAUUCUCACCUUAGUAAUCCCUACCCAAGCGAAGAGGCCAAGGAAGAGCUCGCACGGAAAUGUGGAAUUACCGUGAGUCAGGUGUCCAAUUGGUUCGGAAAUAAGAGGAUACGCUAUAAGAAGAACAUCGGUAAGGCGCAGGAGGAAGCGAAUCUGUACGCAGCCAAGAAAGCAGCUGCAGCUUUUGCAGGAGCAUCGCCGUACAGCAUGGGCGGUGCCAGCCAAGGCACCCCGACGCCGAUGAUGUCGCCGGCGCCGCCCGGAGGACCGCAGGACAUGGCCGGAUACAGCAUGGGAAUAAACGGCAGCGACUAUGGUUCGCAGCCGUACAACGACGGCUCCAUGGGAUACGACCCCAUGCAUCAGGGCAAGGCAUUGGCUGGGGGGCCAGGCGCGGCGGGAUGGAUGCAACAGCGCGAGGCGGUGCCCGAAUUUCCGCCUCUCCACGAUUCAGCGGACUCUGAUUCCGACCGGGAAAACGAAAAGCGACCGCGUGUCUAAAGACUCACAUUCGUGUUUUCUUUCUUCCCUCCUUCCGAGGCGGACACACGCGCGACGUGUUAGGCGAGAGAGAUUGUACGAGCAAUGCGUGCAAAGAGGAGCGAGCGAGCGAGCGAGCGAGCGAGCGAUAAACGAGAACCAACAUCACAUACAGCAACGCAAUCCCAUCGACAAGACACAACACGACACAACAUGGCACACGGUGAAAGAAAACGUAUACGAAAUAUAUGAUACACGGUCGUUCUGCUGGUGUUCCUAAUAAGUAGUGUUCGUUUUCAAUCUUCGAGCAACUCUCUUCUCGUUUUGAUUCUGUAUCAGAAGGAAGAAGGAUACGUGCGGAAGUACGCGUGGACCGUCCGAGCUCAUCGCAGAAGGCAGGUGGCAAGCUCGGAACUCGGAAGAUGACGGAGCGAUUAAGUCGUCUGGCUGUUGUUUGUUAUCAACAAAUGUAUACGCGAGCGUAUCUCGGUGCUCGGGAUCGAAGAGAAUCAUCGGUCGUGAAACAAUUAAACGCAUCUCCGUUCACGUAUCCUUUGUUAUCCGGACUUGGCCUUAUCAAGCAAUUUUUCGCGAGAGACCUGUGCUCCGAGGCGCAGAGCGGACGAGCAAAGUGAACGGAAAGAAAAAAAUACGCGAGCGACAAAGGCGUAGGUCAGUGUGCUCUCUUUACGGCGGAAGUUCGUUUCUCUGAAGACAAUAGGUCGACGUACACGCGUCUAGCUAGGGAGAGAGCGUACACAGACCAAUCACAUACAUUUACAAUUGCUACAACAUUAACAAGGACGCGGCGUUUCCAAGCCUCUCCAAUUGUAAGAUUUUAUUGUUGAGACCAAAAGUAUUCAUCAUGAUUAUUUUAUUAUACGAUGUCAAAUAAUUAUGACAUCAUCGGCACCGAGAGUGCUUUUAACUUUUUGUAGUUUUUUAAAUAAAUUUUUUUAAAUAAAUUUUAUUGAUUCUUUUAAUAAGCUUGUGAAGAUCUGUUUGGAGACUGCAGUUCUUUUGGAAACGCUGUGCGUAAACAUUUCUCACAACAUAUGAACACGACUCUUAUGUUAAUGUCUUGUUACUCGUUCCUCACACGUUAAUCUUAUUCUUAUGUAAUGCUGGCGAAUGUUUUUUACGUUCGUACACAGCCUGAACCCCGUACCCCUUAUUUUCUAAGUUCAGCUUUAAAAUGCAAUCACGAUCCUUUGCACGUGGCGUACGCUGAGAGAUUCGAACUCGCUGAAGAAAUAAAAAUCAACUUUCUGUUUCAGUCAACGUGAUGCUAUAAAUACUUUGAAGCAUUCUUUGAUUGGGUCAAUUAGUAAAAUUUUUUCUUCUAAUUGGUCAAUGAAAUGCUUCAAAGCCUUUGUGUUUAGUGAGAUUUCAACCGUACCCUUAGUCACGAGGGAUCCGCGAAAAGUUAAAAAAGUAGAUUUAGAUUGGCAUUCAUUUCAAAAUCGACUCGAAUAAUUUAAUGUCUAAUAGGUUUUCUAUAAUAGGCUAUUUCCUAAGCUUUAAGUUUCUUAAGCCGUAAGAAAUUGAUCGAUCAUAGUCGAUUGUUCUUACAUUCGACUGUGAUUGGUCAAUUUCUUACGGCUUAUUGUAGAAAGCCCAUUAAGAUGAUAAUAUGGCUUUGCGAUUGGCUUAUGACAUCUUAAGACUGUACUUAAAUAUAAGAACCGACUAUGAAUACCGGUCUA